GCCGCGAGUGGUGCCCACCAGCCACAGUGCACAGACGGAAGAGCAUCCAACCGAAGAGCAAGCUGCCUCUACGGGAUAUACUACACUUUCCACCCUCCUCUUGCUCAUGUCCUUACUCUCAUCGUCGUUAGACCAAAGCAGGGAAGCAACACGGUGGUGGCCAAGUGGUUACUGACUUCACCUUCUGACGUUGGAUUUUCGAAUCUGGAUUCCAGCCUACCUGUGUGCAGUUUGCAUGUUCUCCCCGUACCUGUGUGGGUUUUCUGCAGUUGCUGGUAGGCCAUCUUGUCCAUAGCAGCCGUAAAGCCAGGAGAUGAGUACCAAGCGGAAGGCGGAAAGCGACUCACGUGCCGCCAACAGGCUGCACAUCAUGAAGUCUCGCAACAAUUCCCGAGCCGACUCGGAAAGGGACUCUGGAUUCUCAGAUGCGAGCUCGGAGCACACGAGCACCGUGGACAACACCGACUCUGAGGACUCGCCGCGGCCUUCCGUGCAGCAGGGCGCCCAGAGUUCUACUUCUGGGCAGCUGGCUGUGGUAGGGGGAUCCUACUCCAGUAUGUCCCCCAUGAUCAUCAUGAACAAUAUGCUCCUAAAACAGCCUGGAGACAACCCCCCUGCCAUGAAGCCCUGGAGCUUCAGUCCCACCAUGGAGGUGGUUCAGCCUGUGGUCCAGCCGACUCAGGUGGUCUUCCUGCAGCCCGUUGUCUCCCGCCAAGCUUCCAAGGAGGCCUCUCGACACAGGCGCCCCAAGAAGUAUCUUCCCAUUCUCAAGUCCUACCCUAAGAUUGCGCCGCAUCCUGGCGACAAUUCGUCCUUGGGGAGGGGAACCCCCACUUCCUCCACCUCUUUGUCUUCCUCGGCAUCGGGGUCUCAGCGAGAUCACGGUCCAAAAGAGAAACCGCAGAAGAGCCAGAGCGAGACCUCGUUUCUCUCCGGAACCCCCGACAACACGCAACCGCCGCAGACACAGCUCCCUCAAAUCGCCAGCGAGGCGCCUUCGCCGGCUGUCAGCCAAUCGGAAUCAUCCCCAUCUUUCUCCUCCAUCCCUCCCAGCUGCGCGAGCAGUCCGACACCUCUGGACUGUGCCUCGCCGGCCGAACACAAGUGGGACAAUGACGACAUGAGGCGGAAGCGGUUCUGCAACACGUACAACAUCCUGAGCAAAUCGGGCCUCCUGGACAUCACGCUGCGCACCAAAGAGCUCCUGCGCCAGAACCGCCGCACACAGUCGGACUUGGAGCGCCUCAGGGAGCACACUGAUCUCUUCCUGCAGGCGCUGCGCAGCGGCGACACCGGCAUCUGCGUCAAACUGCACGCCCGCCUUCAUGAGGAGGAAAAGGAGGACAAGAAGCGGGCACCACUCACCACUGGCUUAAAGGACGAUUAGCCCCCCCCGACUGGGAAGUGCAUGGCCAGGGCUUAUUUGUGUGUGUGUGGGGGGGGGGGGGGUGGUUUGACAGACUGACAGAUGGAUGGAGCGAGAGUAAUUUUGCCCACAUUAGACAUCCACCCCAACCCUCGCUUGCACAGUUUGGCCUACAUUUUUGGCUGCCAGCUGCCCCCAGGCCCAGACACAAUGAGAUAUUUUGUUGGCCCAACAUCCACCGCACUCUUGUUAAAGUCACACUUACCGGUACAUUACUCCCACAAAUACCAAACUGACAUUUACUGUAAGACAUGUCGCAUAUUAAUAGAAAAUCCAGCCGUUCCUUUUGUAACCAUUCACAGUCACUGAAACAAUUUGGAGUCCACAUGAACCCAACAUGUCACAUUUCAAUAGAACAGGUGACAUUUUAUUACGCUUGAGGCCUUUAUUGAUACGAAUGCAUUUUUAUGAUACAGUGGUGCCUUAAGAUUCGAGUGUCAUCUGUGACCACCGUCGUAUAGCAAAUCAUCUUUCAUCAUCAUUCAUAGCUCAAGGCACCACUGUACUUAAACUAAUCCAUUAAAUAAAUGACUCUUGAUUGGAUAUUACUCUUCAGCAUAACAGAAUCCAAGCCCUGCAGUAGCAAAAAUCCUCAAGUAAUCGACAUGCCCUGAAAAAUGUUUAUUCUUUUACCGUAAUUGGCUCUUGAUGCCUUGAGAUGUUGGCAAAGGACUACUUUGGUCUGAAUGAAGUUCCUCAACCUUCUUAAAUACCAAGAUGCCAUCCAUCGGUGCCAAAGCAAUACUGUCCUAUGGCCUAAACACAAGAAUACCGCCAUGAUGUGUUGGUUCGCUGUACUUUGAAAGAGUCAACAAAUAAAAAAGGUGGCGGUUUACAAUGAUUUCAAGUCCUGAAUCUUCUCGCCGUGAGGCGCAUAUACUAACCACUAAUUCACUGUAGCAAGAAUUGGUGGGGUGUGUGAUGGCCGCCACACCUUACUUAGUGUUAACUUUUGAUUGACCAAGAAGUUGGCAGGCGUACCUCAAGUGUCUUUUAAUUUCACACUUCAUGCAAGGGACGAUGGCAACGACCACCUGUCAAUCCCGCCUUCCUGUUAGUGAAACCGGGUGCUUCAUGUUGUGCCAUCUUUGAGGUAGACCUUUUUUUGGAGGCUGCGUGUCGGCAUCACUAUUGAUCUGGCAAUGUUUGAAAAUGUUCAAAGCUGAAAACGACAUUUAUGAUUGUGGUGCAUUUGAGCACUUUGCAUCAUCCUGUGCAGACUAAAACAUGGCAGCUAAUUCUAAUUAUAUGCCCCUGAACCACUAUGAAUAUCUUGUUCCCUCUGGAUUAAGCACCCCAAAAAAUACUUGAAAUGUUUCAUGUCAAUGAGUGAUUGUGUACUGUAUAUUUUCCAGUGUGACUGAGGAUGUCUAAUGUGAGAUGUUUGGGUUCCACCAGCAUAUAAUCACGGUUAAUCUCAUUGGUGGAUCUUGACCUGUUGUACUCAAGUCUUAAUGGUGUUAGACAUGUUAACUGUCAGUCCAGUUUUAGUUUCUGCUUUUGUAACCCUUUGCUUUGCGAUCCUGUGGCUGAUAAUUGAGGCAUUUGUUUGACAGAAAACUAAAAGAGAGUGGUUUUAAGAUGCCAGGUGUGCAUUAGCGGCUCCUUAUCAAGUGAGGGGAUGAGUGUGAGUGUAUGUGGUUCUGAGAGUAGCUGAUUAAGUAUGUGAGAGAAUGAACGAUAGUCAAUGUGAGAAAGGGUAUGUGCGCGUAAAUGGUUUUUGUGUGCGGUGAUCAAUCCCGCAGCUUCAUAGCCCAUGCAAGUCUAGCUUGUGGUUUGACUGUUCGGCACGUCGGCCUUGCAGUGCAGAGGUGCAGGGUUCGAUCCAGGCUCUGGCUCUGGCCUUCCUGUAUGGAGUUUCCAUGUUCUCUCUGUGCUCGCUUUUUCUCUGUAUUUAAAUCUGAGUAGGACCUGUCAUCAUACAGUUAUUUCUGCUUAAAAUUGGUCAAUAUUUGAUGAUUAAAUCAGCAUGAGUAGAAUAGAAUUACAAUUUUAUGGUCUUUUUUUAUUUUUUGUCGAAAAGAUUGUCUCAUUUUUGUAUUUCCAUCUCAUUUCUUGUGUAAUAAAUGCUUUCAGUCCAAAGGCAAA